AACAACAAGAGCAAUGUUUUGCCCAGAAUCAAUGAAAACUCUAUCUGUUGUUAAAGCAUGCCCUUUAAAUGAAAAGGAUUGGCUCUCUGCUGCCAAAAAGAUGAAAUGCGAAAGCAAAAACCAAACUUGCUGUCCAAAGGAAGAUUACAAAUACCACUGUCUUGUUAAUGUCUUCCAAAACGUUACAUUUCAACUUUGUGCACCCAGAAUAAGAUUAAAUUACUGUCCUCAGUAUAACGACUACGGAGCUAGGGUUCAGAUUAACUUCAAUGCUAAUUGCACCGACACGUCAACUGAUUGUGGGAAAUUUUAUGAUUCCAAUAAGGCGUAUGAAAUGCCUAAUUGCUUCAAAUUGAAAUCAGAGGAAAACAAUAUAGUGGCAGAUGAAAAAACACCAGAUGAAGAAAUUUCAAGAAGUUAUUUGAUUGGCGUAGUAAUCGGCAUCUCCUUUAUCAUCACCAUUUUGAUAUUGACUUUGAUGUGGAAAUGUAAGGUUUUCAAGCGAAAGGUGUGUGAUUUUAUGAAAUGUAAUGACUCGGGGGAGAAUCAUGUACUGCAAUUCGAAAUGGUUGAAAUGAUCAGAAGACAAAAUGCCUAAGCGGCAGACAAACUCCAUACCAAAGAGAACAUCAUAAAGGAAAAGUCACUUCGAUGCGCAUAAAGAGCCUUUAUCCUUCUACAACCUUUCAGUGGCAGCUAUCAUAAAACAUUCUCAGAACUUUGUCAACACUUGCAGUUUUUAUAAUAUAUGCAGCAAGAAAAGUGCAGAUGUCUGUUAUAACAUUACUAACCGGGAUAUAUGUGAUCAUACUUCAAGUGACAACUAGCACUGUGCCUGCAGUCGUGCGCUCUGGAUUUUCAUUCCAAUUAAAAAACCAUAAACAAGCAUUGUUACUCUAACGCCUCCCACUUCUUCAUAUUCAUAUGAAAUUUUACAAGACAUUACAGACUCGUAAAAAAAACAUUGCGAAUUUAGUCAAUGCUGUACCUUAAGUGAGCAAUUAUGUAAUCGUAUUUUUUUAAAGAUUUUGUAGAGAUUUGAAGAAGUAGUUUGUUGUAUUUUUGAAACUGCCUAAGCAGCUGACA